GCAACAAAUCAAUGCCGAUUUAAUCGGUUCGCAUCCACAUGUCCAACAGUAUGUACAACAACAGCAACAACAAUCACAGAUAAUAAUGGCAAUUUGCAACAACAACAACAGCAGCAGCAACAACAACAACAACGCGCCACGGAAGCCAUGAUAUCGUCAUUAUGGAGUUCGGUUGAAUCAUCCGCUUCGUCCAGCGGCUGUUCAUCAGGUUCGGGUUCUCAACCCUCUUUAAGUCCCACCAUGAUGUCAAAUAACUCAGCUCAUAACUAUGGUAGCAAUAGUAAAGAAUCUUUAUGGUCUCAGCAAACAUCCCCAUCAACAAAAGCAGCAGCAACAACAACAACAACAACAACAAACACAAUAAAUGGUAGAGAGUGUAAUAAUAUUUACGAUGGUAACCAGCUCAGGAAUUCUUUUUAUAUCGGCGCUAAAAAUGCCAACAACAUUAUCAAUAGCCACUUAAACACUAAUCAUAACAACUUAAGUAGCAAUUACGAAAGUAAUAUUAUUACUCCGGCCCAACAGCAAACGGUAUGGACUUCUAACGCUACCGCUUCGAUGGAUGAAAUUAAUAAAAUUAGCAAUAUAUGGGAUAUACCACAUCCUGCCAAGACCCAAGAUUUAUUUCCAGAAAUUUGGAAUAACUUGAACACUUAUCAACAACAAUCCUCGAAUUCUCUAAUAACUAAUAAUGUGGCAAGCACAAAUCAAGCCGCCACCGCCACCGCCGCCGCCGCCGCCAAUGUCACCACUAAAAUGAAUAAUGAAAAUAUAUCCGAUAUUAGCUCGAACAGUCCUUUGGAUAUAUGGCGCAAUCAGAUAACAAACACAUUCAUAACGAGCAAUAAUCACUCUAAUAAUAAUAAUAAUAAUAAUGCCAAUGAUAGCAAUGGUGUUAAAAAACACCAAACAGGUACUUCGACCUGCAUGCAAUUAUUUUCUGAUGAAUUUCUUUUCAAGUAAUCGCAAUUAUCCUAUAAAAUAAUCUAAACUUGUAGAAGUAGAACAUUUUUUUAUACAAAUACCGAGUA